AUGGGCUUGCUGAAUCGAAGAAAGAGAAGAUUCCGGAGGGUGUUGCUCGCUGGAGCCUUGAUGUGUGUGUUCAUGCUCACACUUUCAGUGGUCCUACAUGAAGAGGCCCAGGUGGCCUACAGCUGGCUGGAGUUCAGAGAUGAUGAAACACCAGAAGACGAGUGCCAAUGCCAGAAAGUCAUACAGGGUGAUGUUGAAGAGAUAGAACAUGCCAAGGUGCUGACCAUCACGAAGAGCUUCAAGAAUAAAACACAUAUUUCCGAUAAGAGCUACAUCGAGCUGACGAAUGAUUGUGAGGUGUUCCGUACCACUCGGAAGUACCUCCCCCUCCCACUGAGUGAAGAGGAAGAGGCGUUCCCAGUGGCUUAUUCAAUCGUCGUCCACCACAAGGUGCAGAACUUUGAGCGGCUCCUGAGGUCCAUCUAUGCCCCUCAGAACUUCUACUGCAUCCAUGUGGACAAAAAGGCACCCGAGUCCGUCAUGACAGCGAUCAACUCCAUUGUUUCAUGCUUUGACAAUGUCUUCAUAGCCAGCCAGCUUGAAAAGGUGAUCUACGCUAGCUGGAGUCGUGUGCAAGCCGACAUCAACUGCAUGAGGGACCUCCUGCAGAUCAGCAGUAACUGGAAGUACUUUAUCAACCUGUGUGGGCAGGACUUCCCGAUCAAAACCAACUUGGAGAUCGUGCGGGCCCUUAAGGCACUGGGUGGUGGCAACAGCCUGGAGACUGAGGUCAUGCCCCAAUAUAAGAUGGGUAGAUGGAAGAAGAGCUUCCGUAUCAUAGAUGAUGCAAUUCAGAAUACCAAUCAGGACAAAAAACCUCCACCUUUUGGAAUAAAGAUUUUUUCAGGGGGUGCAUAUAUAGUGGUAAGUCGUGCUUAUGUGCGUUUUGUACUCGAGGACCCCAAAGCUCAGGCACUCAUUUCAUGGUCAAAUGACACCUACAGCCCGGAUGAGUUCCUCUGGGCUACAAUGCAACGUAUUCCUGAAGUUCCUGGCUACCUCCGUGCCAACUCUAAAUAUGACAUCACAGACAUUUCCACCAUCUCCCGGUUAAUUAAAUGGUCAUACCAUGAAGGUGCCUUAGAUGCAGUGUAUCCACCCUGUCAGGGCACUCAUGUCAGGGCUGUGUGUGUGUAUGGGGCAGGGGACCUGCAGUGGAUGUUAGAACAGCGCCACCUGUUCGCUAAUAAGUUUGACACAGACUUUGACCCCAUCGCCAUCCGAUGCCUAGAGAAGUAUCUCAGGCACAGGGCCUUAAUUAAGCAACAUUGAAUGAAAUUUCUAU